AUGGCCUAUACCGCAGAGCUCCGACUCGCCCUGCGCGCCGUCCACCGUGCAUCCGUCCUCACCAAAUCGGUGCUCCGGAACCUCUCCAACAACGUGUCUGCCGAAACCAAAGCAGACGACAGUCCCGUCACGAUUGCAGACUUUGCCGCACAAGCACUCCUCAUCUCCGCACUUCAUGCCGUGUAUCCUGACGACGCCUUUCUGGGCGAGGAGAGCGCAGAUGCACUGCGCCAAAACGAGGCCCUGGCUGACCGGGUAUGGCAGCUUGUGCAACAGGCAAAAGAGGAGGCUGAUGCGCGUCUGGAUGCAAACGGCAAAGAUGAGAAGGCAACUGCAAGCACUGCUGCUGCUGCGCACGACUUGAAGGAAGACCCAGUGCUAGCGUUUCCCGCAUCCAAGGAGGACAUGUUCGAUCUGAUUGACCGGGGCGGCAACGGCCAAGUCACGGGAUCUGGACGUGUCUGGGUCAUGGAUCCCGUCGAUGGCACCGCAACGUUUAUGCGGGGCCAGCAGUACGCCGUUUGUCUGUGUUUGCUUGUUGAUGGCGUACAGCAAGUGGGCGUGAUUGCGUGUCCGAACCUCGCCUUUCCCCUGCAAGGCACGCUGGGCUCGAUACGCAUCAGCGAAGACGACGUCGACAGCGACGGCUAUGGCGUGGUCCUUUCGGCCGUCAAGGGUCAAGGCACGUUUUUGCGUACCAUGGAAGUCAGCGGUCCUGGAGCCCACGCCCGACACGUGGACCUGACUACGCUACCACCCAAGCAGACCUCUGACCUAAACUUUGUCGAGGCCACGAUUGGCAAGACGUCGCUCUCGCAGACGGAACACGAAGCCGUUGCCACUGCCCUCGGUGCAAGCUGGCCAGGCACCGUGCUAUGGUCCCAGCAGAUGAAAUACGUGGCUCUCACCCUCGGCGCAACAGACGUCAUGGUGCGCAUCCCAAAGACGCUCGACCGCUUCACUUGCAUCUGGGACCACGCCGGCGGCCACUUGCUCUUCCAGGAGGCCGGCGGUAUCAUUAGUGACUUCCGCGGCGAGCAGAUUGACUUUUCUGCCGGCCGCAAGAUCAAAGGUGAGCGCAAUUGGGGCAUGAUUGCCUGCAUGCCCGCCGUCUUCGAGCAGGUCGGUACCGCCGUCAAGCACGUAUUGAACCAGCGGGACGGCGACAAGAGCUAG